CUCGUGACUCGUGACUCACGGCUCUGACGCUCCACCAAUCAGCUCACACUGAACCUGUUUGUUUCUCGCUUGCUUCGUUUUUACCUGCCAUUUCUGACUUGUUCUUCUGAGGUCUUCGCCGACACCUCCCAGAGGCGUCGGUCAGCUUGAAGAACAAUGUCCACAGACGGAGUCCUCACACGCGCCACCCUUGGAUGGACUACUUCAGAAAACUUCACUUCUCUGUGUCCUAAUGGGUCCAAAUGGGUUUGGGAGGGCCUUGGGGAAUGUGCCCAAGAUGCCAGAGAUAUGGCCAGCGUCUACCUGGGCCUCCUGUCCAUCCUCUGCUUCCUGGUGUCUUCAUUUCCGCAGUAUUACAACUCGUGGAAAAGUGGGAAUAUGGAUCAAGCGCUCUCCAUUUGGUUUUUGCUGUUGUGGUUGGGAGGUGACUCUUGUAAUCUGAUUGGCUCAUUUUUGGCAGAUCAGCUUCCGCUUCAGCAAUACACAGCUAUUUAUUACGUUGCAGCUGACUUGAUCAUGCUGAGUAUGUACACGUACUACAAGCUGAAGAACAAAGCUUCUCAAGGCAGGACGCGUUUGCUCGUGGUUGGCGUAUCCUGCUUCUUAUGCUUUGCCACAAGCCUCACCCAACUCCCAGAUGUAGGCCCCCACAAGGAAAUCAUUUCUUCUGGGUUCAGAAGUCGCUCCUUGCUCUCAACCUCUAGCACUAGCUCUAUCACACCUUUUACCACUAAAGAGAUUAUUGGUUUCUGCAUUGGGUCAGUGUCAUCAGUCCUCUACCUCUGUUCCAGAGGUCCACAGAUAUACACUAAUUUCAAGAGGAAGUCGACACAGGGAGUUUCUUACUUCCUGUUCGCGCUGGUCAUUCUGGGAAACACUACAUAUGGUCUAAGCGUCCUUUUGAAGAACCCUGACCUGGGCCAGGGUGAGAGCAGCUACAUGAUCCACCACGUGCCCUGGCUCAUCGGCAGCCUCGGCACCCUCAGUUUAGACCUUAUUAUCUCUGUCCAGUUCCUGAUGUACCGUAACGCUCGGCCACGGGUGGAAGUCAACCACGAUGAGACAGCACCUCUUAUCAGGAGCUAAACCAGAACAGCCAGAGCUCAUCGGUGGCGAUCGACCGAAUGCUCGCUGUCAGUCGGAUCCUUACAAUCAUCUUUCUGACGCCAUCAGGAUCUGAACUGGAGACUUGGUGUUAUAGAUGUAUUUAUUAUGCUGUCAGCCUCUUUAAUGUUUACAAUCAAGUUUUGUAUGUGAUUAGUACAGCAGCAAUUGAAGUUCUUUACUUUUAGUGAGUUUUACUUUUAGCGUUAAAGGGACGGUUAAAGGUUUCGGGUGUCAGACGUGGAUGAAAAUAUCCUGCUGUCAUCCUGAGACUGAAGUCUCCAAGCUCAGACUUGAAAUUUCUAGUAAAAACAUCUCGGCUGCAUGUGAGCAAGCAAGGGACUGAAACCCAUCUCCUAUCAAGCAGGCUUGGUGGACCCGUAGCAAAGUAUAACACAUCCUGUGACCUCUCAGUGAUGAUGUCACUGAGAGGUUUCUCUUUUAUUCUGGUGCUUUAAGUUGCCAAACCAUUUGUCAGCUAGCUAACCACUGCAUGAAGCCCUGAUCUCUGUAAUUGAUACCUCCUGUAACUUGAAUCCGGUGUUUUCCGGGGAGGGUACACAUGACUGUAGUGAUGUCUAACUGAACAAAAAAGUCACUUGUAUUUGGUCAGUUUUAAUUGGUGGUCGCACCAAGUGCCAUGCUUAUUUGUUUGUCUGGAUCAGUUUUUAUUGCACUGGUGAUGAAGUCACAUCGCUUAGCACAGAUUUUCAGUACCUUCAUGUUUUACAUUUUCAUCUUCAGUGUUUUGCACAAAAGUAUGUACCUGCAGGUCUGGUAAAUGUAACUUUGGGAUAGAGUACUGAAAAGAUUAAACUCAUCCAGACCAUAUUUGCUCUGCUGCUUUCACUUUGA